AUGAUUUCAUUGCGUAAUAUACGAGUUCUUUUGCUGUUCCUUCUUUUAUUUAUAAGUAAAAAUGUAAUCGGCAAUGGGAUUGAAAAGCAGAAUCUUCAGGAAUUAAACUAUGUUGUCCAGAAUAAGGAAAUGUUCGACAAUUUAACAGGAUUAGAAAGGUUAAUAAUACAAACAUUAAAAUAUGAUAAUGUGCUAUUACCCGUGUUAAACCAAAGUCUUAAUGAAUACCUGAAUAUGUCUAAUUUUAUGAUAGUUACACAUAAUAUUCAUAGUGACAACCCAAUUAAGGUGGUUGUACCACGUCCAGAUGCUGAUAUCCACGAUUUAGUAAAAUAUGAACACGUUACGAGGCAGCAAUUAAUACAAAACUAUGAUUCAGAAAAGGCGGAUUCAAUUAAGAGGAAGUUGUUGCUUUUGAAGGCAUUAAAAAUAACGAAACUUAUGUUAAUACCUAUGUAUGCCUAUGAGCAAACAAAAGAUUUAAAAAAAGCACUAGAAGAAUUGAAUUCUGUAUUUUAUCCUAAGGAUGAAGAAUUCAGCAAGGAAGAUUCUUAUCAAUAUUCCAAAUCGUAUUUUGCAAACAUUAUAAAUUAUAUUAAUGGUGUAAAGAUCAACGAGCCCCAUGACAGUGCGUAUUCAACUAUAAUAAUUGGUGAAGACUUAUCCAAAAUACAGGAAUCUAGUGAUUUAUUUUUUACGACAAAUGAUAAUAUUGAAUUUAUGAAGAAGUUAGAUACGAUAGCUGGUCAUUUCGGAAUAGCUAUGUACAAUUUAGUUGGUUCUAAUCUUAUAGCAUUGGGACAUUUCGUUGUUCUACAAUUAGCACUUAGGAAGUAUGAACAAUUUUUUAAAUUUGGAAAAGUGAGAUUUUUUAACUGGCAAAAAAUUUUAAGUUUUAGUACGACGGAUAGAUUUAAAGUACUCGAUGCAAUGUGUAAUGUACAAGGUUUUCAUGAUGUCCAAACAAAACGAAGAAUAGAUUAUUUGAAGGAUGACAGAACAGUAGCGUUUGAUGAGUGUAAUAUAUUAGAAUUUCUAGUGCAUCAUUUUAAUAAAUACCAAAACUCAUUAGUUUCGGGUUUAUAUCAAGAGGACUUUAAAACUCAUUAUUUGCAAGAGCACACUGAUAUAAGGAACGAAUUUUUCAGAUUCAUGUGUAAUGAUAUAAAUCACUGUAAUAUAUAUAACAGCAAAAAAUUUUUAAUUGAAAAUGAUACUCUGACACAGUCGAACACUGACAAUGAUUACUAUAAAUCGAUAAGUGCUUACAACAUAUAUACAAAUUAUUUCUAUUUUACAACACAUUACAAUAAAUUUACCAUGAAUCAUAUUUUGUACGUGCACUUUUUAAACUUAACUGGAAUUUUAAACAACGAAAACAAGGCCUUUGUAACUGCCCUCUAUUUGCCUGGAUAUUAUAACGCAAUUGAGUUAGCCUUUGAUCAAGAAUCCAUGCUUACGGAUCUGAUAGAAAACUUACUACAAUGUGUUGAAAAAUGUAAUUCAAUAUAUCAUCCCCCCCAAAAAUCGAAAAAUAAAGAUAGUUCAAUCCAAGAUUAUGGUGAAAAGAAAUCAACGAAAUGCAACCUUUGCAAGGGAGUGUUCACAUAUAUAAACUCGAAGCACGAAGAAGCACCAUCUAUGUUGCAAAAGUUUUUCACUUUUGUUACGAAAAUUAUUAGCAUAAAUAGCGUAAGCACAUUAGUAAGAAAUUUGGGUGUUUAUGAAGAAUAUGACAAUUUUUUAACAAACGAUAUAAAUUGGUACACAUUUUUAUUGCUACUGAGGCUUACGUCCUAUAAAAAAAUUGCCGAAAAGGAUAUCGGAGAAGCUAUGUAUUUAGAUUUGAAGAAAGAAGAUAAGUUUAAUAAAACUGUUACAACGAAUUAUUGGUAUCCAUCGUAUUUAAAAAAGGCUUAUACUUUGUACGUACGAAAUAAAUUGGCUAUAAAUCUAGUAGAAAAGUUAGAGAAAUUACUAAGUGUAGGAACAAUAGAGAAAAUGAAAAAAAGUGUAAGGUUUUUGCUUCACGUAAAUUCCUUUUUACAAUUGGAUUUUUUUCACAACCUAAAUGAACCAGGACCAGGAGAGUAUCGCAUGCAUCCACUGUCUCUGGUGCUUGAGAAUCAAUUUGCCGAAUGGAAUAAUAACUCUAAUUUAGGUUACUUUUUUUUAAAUUAUGAUGAUCCUAAUAUAAGAAAAGCAAUGCAUGAAAAGCUCAGAUCAGAUAGAAUGGUAGUACCUAAAUUUGAUAAAGUAUCUGUUAUGCUAAAAAGGCACAUUACGAGUGCAUAUAAAUCUUAUUUUAAUCAGAGGCAUGUAAAGAAUUUAUACGAAAAUCAUGAUACUUUUAAUAUAAGUAACAAGAUUAUGCUAAUGAAAGAUUCGUACGAAUCGUAUUUAGAAAAUUUCAAGAAUAUAAUUUUUUUAGCAGAUAUAUUUAAUAUAAGAAAAUAUUUGACUGCCACUCCCAGAGCAAAACGAAUUUCAGAUAGGCUAUACUAUUAUAUUCAUAACAUUUUGGGUAACUCUGUAAACUUCUAUAAAUAUGGUAUGAUAUAUGGGUUCGUGAUUAAUAAAGAAUAUUUAAAAGAAGUUACAAAUGAACUGCUUUCAAUUUUUAAAUUGAACCAGCAUAUCUUUACGGAUAUUUCUUUUUUGCAAACUGUUUAUUUACUUAGUAGAAAAAUUGAAAAUAGUUUUAACGUGCAAAGGAGAAAUGAUAGCAUAAGUAUUAAUAAUUUGUUUUUUUUAAAUGUAUCAAGUAAUUACUCAAGAAUGAGCAAAGAAGAAAGGUUAGAAGAUUUAAAUAAUUCUAUGGCAUCCAGAUUUUUUUCAAAAACAUUUUUUUCCACAUUUCAAACAAUGUUCGUUGCAAUAAUAAGUAAUACAGCAGAUAAGCUUGAUAAACAAUAUGGAAAACCUAAUAUGCUAGGGAUAACGUUGAGUGAACAGGCAUUUAUGAAGUAUGCAUUUAUAUAUUAUGGUAGCAUAAUGGAUAGUAUAACAAAUAGUCUUGUUCCAACGUAUGCCAAAAAACCGAUAGAACAAUUAAAAUAUGGAAAAACAUUUAUUUUAUCGAAUUAUUUUAUGUUAUCUUCACAAAUAUAUUCAUUAUUAAAUUUACAUAAUUUAAGCCAAUUGUGUGAAUAUCAAGCUAUAAGUACUCCUAGUUUUUAUUCUGAGAAGAAACUUGGUCGAUUUAUUGAUAAAAAAAUGUUACCCAUUGUUGUAUAUUAUUUACGUUUAAGAAUUGCCGGAGUUCAGGCUGUUCCUAAUGAUUUUGUAGACUGGUAUAAUACAAUUACCAGAAAUAGUUCUACUCACCCCUCUAUUUGUGUUACUGUGCACAUGAUUACUAAUUUAUAUUUCGACACUCCAAUUGCUUUUCCCUUUUCAAUGGGUAAGAAAUUAGGUGAACAAACUGAGCAUAUGGCAAGUCUAAGACCAAGUUCGACACCAUUUGUGUUUGGGUUCACAAAAAUGCUUUGGUUGGAAUUACUUAAUUCAAUGUCUUGCAUUUUUGCUCUAUACCCUUUUGUGCGUUACUAUGCCUUUCAGCAGAAUGUUGUUUACUUUUUCGUAAGUCCAUUCCGUUUUAUGGAUAGAUUUAAUACUCCAGCUGAUUAUUACCUUAAGAAUAUUGUUCGAAUAUAUUUUAGAAAAUUUACAACAGAUGAAAUAAUAAAGUUUGCAGAGAAAUCCAUACUAAAUAUUAAAAGACAAGGUAAACUGGAAGAAGCAAUGAAGGCUAGAUUGGAGGCUAAAAAAAUUAAUGAGAAUACAAUUAUACAAGGUUUAAAUGCAGAUUUUCCUAUGAUAGCACCACAAGAAUAUGAAAGAUUGCAGAAAAUGGAUUCUGCAUUGUAUGGAGAUGAUAAUUUACUUUUUGAUUCUCUGGAUGAAAAAGAAAAAUUCUUAAAUGAAAAAUAUAUAAUUUCGGAAGCUGUGGAAGAAGAGGAAACAGAAUCCCCUACAGAGUCCAGUGAAAGUUCUGAAAGUGAAAAUGAAAGUGAAAAUAAAAGUGAAAAUGAAAGUGCAAAAGAAACUGCAAAUGAAAGUUCAAAUGAAAGUGCAAAUGAAAGUGCAAAUGAAAGUGCAAAUGAAAGUGAAAAUGAAAGUGCAAAUGAAAGUGAAAAUGAAAGUGCAAAAGAAAGUGCAAAUGAAAGUGAAAGUGAAAGUGAAAAUGAAAGUGCAAAUGAAAGUGCAAAUGAAAGUGAAAGUGAAAGUGCAAAAGAAAGUUCAAAUGAAAGUGAAAGUGAAAAUAACAAUGAAGUACUGAAAACAGAUACGAAGAAUUCUCCAGAAGAAACUUUUGUUGAAAAUGAUAAACAAGAAAAAUUUGUAAACGGUUACGAAGAUCAACAGAAUGAAUUAAAUGUACGAGUUGAAGAAGAGGAACUAAGUGAAGAUGAGGAUAUGCUCGAUGAAAAACUGAUGAUUAAAAGAAAGCCAAUUGAACAAGAAUAA